AUUGUGGAGACUUCCUCUCACUUCCUGUCCCAGUAACCACCCUGUCAUACACGCAAAAAGAACCAUUUGGUAAUCUUGGAUUCUCUGUUCUGCACCUCAACUCCAAGAACAAUCUCUGCUCCUCUGACACACCUGGUUGAAUGAAUGUCACUGUAGCACAGGGGCGGACUGACAGCUCAUGGGGCCCCCGGGCAGUAGGGGAUCAUGGGGCCCCGGUGUCCUUGCCCAAACUCAAAAAAGCCUAUGAAAAAGGUACCAGGGGCAUCUCAUGGGGCCCCCUACUGACCCCGGGCCCUCGGGCAGUGCCCGAGUUUCCAAAUGGUCAGUCCGCCCCUGAU